AUGUUGAAUCAGGCGUCUAUUUCUCUACUGCUAGGCGUUGCUUCAUUGACCAACGCCCAGAGCUGCGGCGGCGGUGGCAGUUUCACCGUCAACAAUGUGCAGGAAAAUUUCGGUAGCUUGAGUCUGCAACCCAGAUCGGCAUCGCUAUUUCAUCAAGGCAAUGCCCAGAUCUGUAUUGUCAACCGAGCUCCGAAUACUGUUGUUACCAUUUCUGGCACUCAAAUCAAUGGGGCUAUUUCCGCCGUGCUGAAUAAAUGCUGCACAAAUGCUGGCAACUGCGGCGGUGGUCAGCAGAAGAUUACCGGGCCGAACGGAAAUGUGAUCGAUCUCUCCGUUCAGGCUCAGGGACAGAACUGCACCCCAUAA